ACAGGCCGUCGCAGCUCCCGUCACGACCUCAGUUCUAUUACGUCUUCAGUUCUUGGAGAUCCUACGGAGAUCCUACCGCGUCCUACACUUCUCUUAUAGGAUCUUGUCAUUCGAAUUCUUGACCCCACGGCAUGUCUUAGUGUCCUAUAACAUCCUGAAUCCUACGGCCUGAAGCAUCCUACGAGUCAAGAUCCUAUACUUUGACCUACUUCGGAGUCCUGCAAGUGAUAUCCUACUCUCCUACAAUACCUAAGUCCUAUAUCCUGAAUCCUACGACCUUCAGUUCUCCUCACCACGCAUCCUAAGAGUCAAAAUUCUAUACUUUGACCUACUUCGGAGUCCUGCAAGUGAUAUCCUACUUUUCAAUAUGUCCACCAACAUGCAUUCCUCGCUCAUCAAGCUCCUGGUCAGAAUGAAGCUGCUCCUCCUCCUCAGCGUGGUGGCAUAUGCCCGCUGCACGCACAACUUCGACGCCGUUGUGGAUAUGGUCCCUGGCGUUGACAAAAUUAGUGGAAGGCUUUACCUCCAAAACUACCAGGGUGGAGUCUUGAUCUCAGGCCGCAUCCAAGGGCUGUCUCAGGGUCUUCAUGGCUUCCACGUGCACGAGAAGGGUGACCUCUCAGAGCAGUGCACGGCCGCCGGGGGACACUUCAAUCCAUUCAAGACCAAUCACGGGGCUCCAACUGAUUACGUGAGGCAUGUGGGCGAUCUCGGGAACAUCCAAGCCAACUACAACGGCGAGGCUGACGUCUACAUCCACGACCGGCAGAUCUCCCUCGACCCGCACUCGCAGCGCUACAUCGGCAACCUGGCCAUCGUGGUGCACCAGGGGACGGACGACCUGGGCAGAGGCGGCAACGAGGACAGUUUGAAGACCGGUAACGCGGGGAAGCGCUCCGGCUGUGGGAUUAUUACGAUCCCCUACGCUACGCCCGUGCAAAGAUAUCGCCCCUCCCCAUUUUUGGGCUACCAGAGCGCUCCAAAUUUCAAACGCCGCUUCUGAAUAUAAGUUUUAAGCCAUAGACUCAACAUAAUCAUCAUGUAUUAUAUAUAAAUAUAUGCAAAAUUAAACUGUGCACAAAAAACAAAUUAAUUUAUAAUUUUGAGAUUUAUGCAUAAAUAUACAGAGAAAUUUACGUUAUGCGUAGAUGACGUGUGUCUGUUAAAUUGUAUUUCCUUAUAUUAGUUGUGAAAAAGAAAUCGAUUUGUGGAGGAAAGUGGAAUAGAGGGAAGGGAAGGACGUAGACGUAAGAUCAUGUAAAAUAUCCCACUGAUUCACCGGCAAUACGCACAGUUUUGACGGAGUAAAAGGCUGAAAGGCCGUCCUCCUGGAGGUGGGUCGUGUGUGUGUGUGUGUUGUGUGUGUGAGAAAGAAAUUAAGUCUCCUGCGCGAGAUGGUUCAGCAUUUUCAUUGCUUUUCUUCCGCACACUUAAGAAUCAGACACAAAACUCGUGACACUAAAAACAUAACAAACGACCUACCUAUAUUGUCUUCACGUUCGCUUCAAUAAUUCGUUCUCAACCAUCGAAUUUGAUAUGAAAUUAAAUUACCCAAGAAUACGAGGUUACAAAUAGAAAAAGGCUUGUAUGUGUCAGUGUUUGUCUUAACUGUUACUAAUUCCCUGUAUUAGAAUGUUAAGAAAUAUUUUAAAAAGUACAUUUGUUCAAUAAAAUCUACUAGUUCA